CUCACCCAAAUAACAAGGUUAAUUUGGUAAAAGUACUUAUCCCUGCUCGUAUAUUACUCCCUGAUCCGCCAAGCCCUAGGGUUUCUCUUCAUCCGCAGCCAACAUCAUUAAUUUCUAGGGUUUUCUCCUCUCUGAGCUGCGAUGGCGCCGACCAAGAAGACGAAGAAGACGACGGAGAGCAUCAACAACAGGUUAGCUCUCGUGAUGAAGAGUGGAAAGUACACUCUAGGGUUCAAGACCGUGCUCAGAUCCCUCAGGAGCUCAAAAGGUAAGCUGAUUAUCAUCGCGAACAACUGCCCUCCUCUGCGCAAGUCUUUGAUUGAGUACUACGCUAUGUUGGCCAAGGUUGGGGUUCACCAUUUUAAUGGAAAUAAUGUUGAUCUGGGAACAGCAUGCGGUAAAUAUUACCGAGUAUGCUGCCUCAGCAUUAUUGAUCCAGGUGAUUCUGACAUCAUCAAGACUCUCCCUGGUGAUCAGUGAAUUUGAUCAAGAAUUAGUUUUUGUAUUAGCGGGCUAGAAAUGCGGUGUUGUUGUCAAAGAUGGUGUUUCUUUUCCUUAGGAUAUCUUUUUAUGUUAUCUAUGUUAAAUUUUGGCGUAUGUUUUGGAAGAGAAUUUUAAUCAACCAGAGAUUAAAUUUGUUUUUAAGAGCUUAUUAUAUUUGUCUUGCAAUUUGGUUUUGUUU